AUGGCUCCCACUCUGCUCCGCCUGCUGGCCCUGGCCUUAGCCUUAUGCCAGGGGAGCUGCACGGAAGCCCAGCUGGAUGAACUGAUCAGACUGCACACUUUUACCCACGGGCUGGCCAACUUCAGCAGCUACGGUUGUCACUGUGGCCCUGGCACUCAGGGUGCCCCCAUGGACAAGAUUGACAAGUGCUGCCACAGCCAUGACUGUUGUUACAAUAAAGCCCAGGUGUUUGGCUGCACCCCUGGCUCCCACACCUACAGAUACCUUAACCUGGGGACCAAGGUGAAGUGCGGGUAUGCCGUGCUGAACCAGACCCUGCCCUCUAUCCAGUUUAUUUUCCAUAAAGAGGUGAAGACUCGGGACCGAUGCGAGAAAAUGAUGUGCGAGUGUGAUAACAAGAUGGCCAAAUGUUUCCGCAAAUACCUGCCCAUGUAUAACCCUCAGCUCCAGAGCCUCCCAGAAGCCCCCUGCUACGGCAUCCGGCCCUUCUGCUGA